CAGUGUCAAGUAACGCGGUGCCUCGUAAGUAGUAUUCAACACAACACAAGUAACACUCAGUGACAGUGUCCAGUAACGCGGUGCCUCAAAUCGGCAAUCUCUAUAGACCGUCCCUCGCGCACCCUGUAGAAAAUUAUACUCGGUUCUCGGCCGUCCAUGUCCCCUCAAAUGGAUAAUAAAACGAGGGUAAAUAAUAAGGUUCAGGACAUCGAACUCGAACAGCCCUACGGCCACGCAGCAGCAGCAGCAAUGGAAGGAACGCUAUGGCAGCAAUACAUGGCGCUGUUGCGUCGUAAUUUCUUGAUCAAAAUAAGGGAGCGACGCAAGACCAUCUCGGAAUUUGCCUUGCCACUGUACUUUCUGCUCAUCCUCGCUCUGCUACGGCUCGCUAUCCCUGCUCCCUCCUACCCCGCACAGCUCAACCCCCAUGACUACGGGAACGUCUGGGGCUCUGCUGUACAUCUGUGCAAUGUAACGCUGCACAGCACACCAAACACUACACAGGUGCGGCGGGUGGUGGACGCGGUGGCGAGGGCGGUGAGGGGGCGCAGUGUCUACUACGAGAAGGAGGAAGACAUCGUCGAUGUCUACAGGAACCACUCCCCCUCGGUGGAGGUCGCCCUGGUCUUCUCUGAGGAGCCCCUGAGGGACCGCAACUACACCAUACGCAUGAACCCUGUCCUGCGACCCCUGCCCGACCCCUCCAACCUUUGGGUGUCGCCGACGAUGUGCCGGCAGACUGUGAACGGCAGCCUUGAGAGCCCCAUAACGUGCCCCCCUACUUACUACUACUACUCGGGCCUCCUGGGCCUCCAGGGCCUCGUUGACUGGGCCAUCUUGAGAGAUGAAACUCUUGUCGAUGAUUUUAACGUGGCACCACAACGGACCACAACCUGGACCCCACAGCAUUCAGGACCGUUGAGUGCUACUGGACCACACCCAACAGAGCUGGACAAUCUACCAUGCAUCAGUCUACCUAACUACAAUUUAUUUAACACCAGUCUACCGAACAUAAGCUACCAGAGUUUCCCCCUAGAUGCAGUCGUGUCUAGUAACCUAGAAGUGCUACGCGACAUAGUACCGCUGUACAUGGUCUUCUCAUGGGCACAGUUCAUCGUGUACAUGUUGAUGCUUAUAGUGGAGGAGAAAGAGAAGAAGAUUAAAGAGGGCAUGAAGAUGAUGGGUCUACAGGGCGUGGUCUACUGGCUGUCAUGGCUGACGGUGUACGGGUUGUACGUAGUUGUACUAGCGCUCCUGUGCACCAUUAUACUCCCUCUGGCCAACAUCUUCCUGUACGCUAGUCCUGGCUACUGCUUCCUGCUCUUCAUCCUCUACGGGCUAUCCUCCAUCAUCCUCGCCCUCAUGAUGACGCCUUUCUUCAGCAAGGCUAAGGUAGCUGGGGUGGUCGGUAACCUGACACAGGUGUUCAUGUCUCUACUCUUCUACCUGCAAGUCUACCUGGGCGACCAGAUAGACCCCGUCUACUACUGGCUACUGGCACUAAUGUCGCCAUGUGCCUUCUCUUUCGCCAUAGACAAGAUCCUGGUGCUGGACGUGACGGCUGGAGGCCUGUCGUCCAGCACGCUCUGGACGGGUCCAGGCCUCCCGUUUGCUGGCAGUCUCAUCAUGAUCAGCCUGGACAUCGUGCUGUACCUUGUGCUGGCACUGUACCUGGACGCUGUUGUGCCAACGGAGUACGGCACGAGGCUCAAGCCCUGGUUCUUCCUACAGCCGUCCUUCUGGCGACGCCCCAACCGUACCUCAACCAACGAGCUGUACGCCCAGGACCAGCUGGACGACGACAACCUGAUGUCUUCAGAACGGCGCAUGAGUGCGGGGAGUGUGGGGAGCAGUGGGGAUGUGGAGGAGGUGGGGCCGGAGAUGAGGGGCAAGGCUGGGGUCAUCAUCCGGGGGGUAUGCAAAACCUUCAAGGGGGGACGCGGCAAGCCUCCUAUUAAAGCUGUUGACAACUUCAGCCUGACCAUCUACGAGGACGAGAUCACGGCCAUCCUCGGCCAUAACGGCGCCGGCAAAACGACGUUGUUUAACGUCCUCACGGGCAUGACGGAAGUGACGUCUGGUGCAGCACACGUCUUCGGUCUCAGCGUCGGAGACCCCCACGACCUACGCGAGAUACGCAGCAUGACUGGAGUGUGCCCCCAGCAUGACAUCCUCUUCACUGUUCUCACGCCGAGGGAACACCUCAUGUUCUACGCCAGGAUCAGGGGGCUGCCAGAGGCACGACUGCGUGAGGAGGUAGAGAGAGCGCUGGAUGAGGUUGACCUCUCAUCCAAGGCUGACAGUAAAGCUGACGACCUCUCAG